UCUUAUCGCUAAUUUCUAACCUUACAAAUAUUUGUUUAUAUUCUUUUAUAAAUAACAUGAUUGAUAUUGUUUAGAGAGAAAAAUGUUUCGAAUAUUAAACAUCCUUCAUAAAGCUCGACUUGUUAAAAUAGUAAAACGACAAAGCCUGUUAAAUGAUCAAAAGAAGUUUUUUAGUUUAACCUCAAGACUAAGACAUGGUGAAUAUGAAUGGCAGGAUCCAAAGUCAGAGGACGAAGUAGUAAAUAUUAUUUAUGUAGAUAAAGAUGGUAAGAAAACAAAUGUAAGAGGCAAAAUCGGCGACAAUGUUUUGUAUUUGGCUCAUAGAUACGGUGUAGAGAUGGAAGGUGCUUGUGAAGCAUCAUUAGCCUGUACCACGUGUCAUGUGUAUGUAAACACGGACUAUCUUGAUAAACUGACAGACCCGGAAGAGAAAGAAGAUGAUCUUUUAGAUAUGGCACCGUUUUUAAAAGAAAAUUCUAGAUUAGGAUGUCAAAUCAUAUUAACAAAAGAAAUGGAAGGAAUGGAACUAACAUUGCCCAAGGCAACACGUAAUUUCUAUGUAGAUGGUCACAAGCCUGCACCUCAUUAAAUAAGGGAAGAAUUAACGAGUCAAUAUCACAAUACUUUUGUUGAUUAAAAUAAUUCAAUGAUUUUAAAAUCCAAUAUAACUAUGUUUCUAGUUUGUUUUUAAUAAAAAGUGUAUUUUGUGUUUAACAUGCCUGAUAUGUAUAUAAAUGUUU